UCCCAAGUCCCAAACCAGAGCGAGGCCGCACUCCCCCCCGAGUCCACUCCGACCGCACGCUCCGCGACGCGAUGGCCGCGCUCCGCCUCGCCUCCUUCACCCUCCGACCCGCCGCCGCCGCCGCGGCGUCCGCCUCCUCCGGCGCGACCCCCGCGGCGCCCCGGUCCGCCUCCUUCGCCCGCGCGGCGCGGGGGCUACCCUCCCUCCGCCUGGCCCCGCCCCGCCGCCGCGGGGACCUCGUCAGGCCCCGCGCCGAGGCAGCGGCGGAUAGCUACGCGUCCGCGCUGUCGGAGGUGGCCGUCGAGAACGGCACCCUCGAGCAGACGGUCUCCGACCUGGAGAAGCUGCAGAAGAUCUUCGCCGACGAGACCGUCGCCGAGUUCUUCGACAAUCCCACCGUCCCGCGCGAGGAGAAGACCGCGCUCAUCGACGAGAUCGCCAAGUCGUACGAGCUGCAGCCGCACGUCGUCAACUUCAUCAACGUCGUCGUCGACAACUUCCGCGCGACGAUCUUGCCGGAGAUCGUCGUCGAGUUCGAGAACAUCUUCAACUCGCUCACGGGCACCGAGGUCGCCACCGUCACCUCCGUCGUGCAGCUCGAGUCGCAGGACCUCGCGCAGAUCGCGCAGCACGUCCAGAAGAUGACCGGCGCCAAGAACGUCCGCCUCAAGACACAGCUCGACCCGGAGCUCAUCGCCGGCUUCACCGUGCAGUACGGCCGCGACGGCUCCAGCUUAAUCGACAUGAGCGUCCGGAAGCAGAUCGAGGAAAUCACGUCCGAGUUCGAGUUGCCCGACGUCCCGCUCGAAGUCUGACUGGCUUGAGGCGUCCAUCCUCGCCCUUGAAGCUUAGCUGCUACUGUCUGACGCAAUGGCAUGAAUCAAGCGGGAAUGUCGGUCCUGUCCCCUUCAUACCUGCAGAUCAAUGGUGGUGGCUCCAAAUCUCCAAUACAUAUGAACGGACAUUCUUUUUUUGCGUUUCUGUUUUCCUUCUUUUUCUUUUUGGCGGGAACCUGUGUAAUUCUUUCUCCUUUUUUCUGUGGUUGACAGACACUGUAAUAUGUUUAAAACACUCACUCAUCUAUAUAUAGCUGUGCACCUCUUCUCUCAA